ACGCCUGCAGAGCCGGCUGCUGGUUGCAGCAGCAGCAGCAGCAGCAGUAGCAGGAGCAGCCGAAGCAGCGGCGGCGGAGACUGAGAUUAGCAGGUGCCGCUGCAUCCGGGAUUCUUGCUCGGGAGCCUGGUGUGGGCGUGGGGAAGCAGGACCGGACGCGGUCAGGACCAGGCGAGUGUGGGGGUGCCGGCUGAGGCUUCGAGGGGCGUCGAGCGGUGUGCUGUGGGAGCCCGUCAGGGAGGCGCCCGCGCUCCUGUCAGGGUAAGAUGGCGGCGAUGGCGCCGGGAGGCAGUGGCAGCGGCGGCGUGAAUCCUUUCCUGAGCGAUUCGGAUGAGGACGACGACGAGGUGGCGGCCACCGAGGAGCAGCGGGCCGGACUUCGCCUGGGAACCGGGGCUGCCUUAGAUCCCGGCUCGGCGGGCUCGCUGUCGCCCCAGGAUCAGGCCCUGGCUUUGGGGAGCGGUGCCCGGCCAGCACUGCCCGGAGAGCCGUCGGCGACUACGGUGGCCCUGGGGGCUCCCGCCGAGACCCCGGCGCGCCUGUCCAUCGAUGCCAUCGCCGCGCAGCUGCUGCGCGAUCAGUACCUGCUCACGGCGCUGGAGCUGCACACGGAGCUGCUGGAGAGCGGGCGCGAGCUGCCGCGGCUGCGCGACUACUUCUCCAACCCCGGCAACUUCGAGAGGCAGAGCGGGACCCCGCCGGGCAUCGGGGCGCCACCGGGCCCGGGGAGCGCAGGCCUGGCGGGCAGCGCGGGCCGCGAACCCAGCACGGCGUCGGGCGGAGGACAGCUCCAUCGAGCGGGAAGCAUUAGUACCCUUGAUUCUUUAGACUUUGCAAGAUACUCGGAUGAUGGUAACAGGGAAACAGAUGAGAAAGUGGCAGUCCUGGAGUUUGAACUACGGAAAGCCAAGGAGACCAUUCAGGCCCUACGAGCCAACCUGACAAAGGCUGCAGAACAUGAAGUUCCUUUACAGGAACGGAAAAAUUACAAAUCAAGUCCUGAAAUUCAGGAGCCAAUCAAACCUCUUGAAAAGAGAGCUCUAAACUUCUUAGUCAACGAGUUCUUGUUGAAGAACAGCUACAAGCUUACAUCCAUAACCUUCUCAGAUGAAAAUGACGAUCAGGAUUUUGAAUUAUGGGAUGAUGUAGGAUUAAACAUUCCCAAACCCCCCGACUUACUACAGCUUUACCGAGACUUCGGAAAUCAUCAGGUGACUGGGAAGGAUCUUGUGGAUGUGGCUAGUGGUGUCGAUGAAGAUGAGUUAGAGGCUCUUACACCAAGUUUAGGCAACCUUCCUUCCACUCUUGACACUCCUCAGCCUGUAGAGAACUCCUUGCUAAUACAAAAAUUAGAAGAUAAAAUUAGUUUAUUAAAUAAUGAAAAAUGGUCAUUGAUGGAGCAAAUCAGAAAACUUGAAAGUGAAAUGGAUUUCCUCAAAAAUGAACAUUUUGCUGUCCCAGCAGUCUGUGACUCUGUCCAAGCUGCCUUGGACCAGUCUUCCCAAACAGCCUCUGAAGACAGCAUGCGGAGUCUAAGUGUCUGUAGUUCAGACCAGGACAAAAGCAAGGGUAUCCAUCUGUCAGUAUCAGAUGGCAUUGGUUCUGUUGUUCCUAAACAGAGCUCCUCAGACUCCUUACCCAGGAGAGAACAGGAAGAGCUACCGGCUUCGGCUCCAUCCAGCAAGACUUCAGUCCAUUUUGAUAAACCCAACAGGAAAUUAUCUCCUGCCUUCCACCAAGCACUACUGUCUUUUUGUCGAAUGUCAGCAGAUAGUCGUUUAGGUUCAGAGGUGUCUCGGAUUGCAGACAGUGAAAAGAGUGUGAUGUUAAUGCUGGGACGCUGCCUGCCGCACAUUGUUCCCAAUGUGCUGUUGGCAAAGAGAGAGGAGUUGAUCCCCCUCAUACUGUGCACAGCAUGUCUGCACCCUGAGCCUAAAGAGAGAGAUCAGCUUCUCCACAUUCUCUUCAACUUGAUCAAGAGACCAGACGAUGAGCAGAGGCAAAUGAUACUGACAGGUUGUGUGGCAUUUGCACGUCACGUUGGACCAACACGCGUGGAAGCGGAACUUUUACCCCAGUGUUGGGAACAGAUUAAUCACAAGUACCCAGAGAGACGGCUGCUUGUGGCGGAGUCCUGCGGAGCGCUGGCACCUUACCUUCCUAAAGAAAUCCGCAGCUCCUUGGUUCUUUCAAUGUUACAACAGAUGCUAAUGGAAGAUAAGGCAGACUUGGUAAGAGAAGCUGUGAUUAAAAGCCUUGGCAUCAUUAUGGGAUACAUUGAUGAUCCUGACAAAUAUCAACAGGGCUUUGAACUGCUGCUGUUGGCCUUGGGCGACCCCUCGGAAAGAGUGGUCAGUGCGACUCAUCAAGUGUUUUUACCUGCCUAUGCUGCCUGGACCACAGAACUCGGAAACUUACAGUCUCAUCUUAUUCCCACACUGCUGAACAAAAUUGAAAAGCUUCUCAGGGAAGGCGAGCGCGGGCUGGAUGAGCACAAGCUGCACGUGUACCUCUCUGCGCUGCAGUCCUUGAUCCCGUCUCUCUUCGCGCUGGUGCUUCACGAUGCUCCUUUCUCCAGCAAAGCCAAGCUGCACGGCGAAGUGCCGCACAUAGAAGUGACCCGGUUCCCUCGGCCCAUGUCGCCACUCCAGGAUGUGUCCACUGUGAUCGGGAGCCGUGAGCAGCUGGCGGUGCUGCUGCAGCUGUAUGAGCACCAGCUUGAGCACGAGGGGACCACGGGCUGGGAGAGCCUGCUGUGGGUGGUCAACCAGCUGUUGCCACAGCUUAUAGAAAUAGUUGGCAAAAUCAACGUUACUUCGACUGCCUGUGUGCAUGAAUUCUCCAGAUUUUUCUGGCGCCUUUGCCGGACAUUUGGCAAAAUUUUUACAAACACUAAGGUAAAACCUCAGUUCCAGGAGAUUUUAAGACUGUCUGAAGAAAACAUUGAUUCCUCAGCAGGAAAUGGGGUCCUCACUAAAGCUACCGUCCCCAUUUAUGCAACAGGAGUUCUUACGUGUUAUAUCCAGGAAGAAGACCGGAAGCUGCUGGUUGGGUUCUUAGAAGAUGUGAUGACCCUGCUGUCAUUAUCUCAUGCUCCUCUUGACAGCCUGAAGGCUUCUUUUGUGGAACUUGGUGCAAACCCAGCCUACCAUGAGCUGCUACUGACUGUUUUAUGGUACGGUGUUGUCCACACCUCAGCCCUCGUCAGGUGCACUGCUGCCAGGAUGUUCGAGCUGUUGGUGAAGGGGGUGAAUGAGACUCUGGUAGCUCAGAGGGUUGUUCCUGCUCUCAUCACUCUCUCCAGUGACCCUGAGAUCUCUGUCAGGAUCGCCACAAUCCCAGCCUUUGGCACAAUCAUGGAGACAGUCAUUCAGAGAGAGUUGCUAGAAAGAGUGAAAAUGCAGUUGGCUUCUUUCCUGGAAGACCCACAGUAUCAAGACCAGCAUUCUUUGCAUACAGAGAUCAUAAAAACAUUUGGUAGAGUUGGGCCUAACGCAGAACCCAGGUUCCGAGAUGAGUUUGUUAUACCACAUUUACACAAGUUAGCCUUGGUGAACAACUUACAAAUUGUGGACUCGAAAAGACUGGAUAUUGCCACCCAUCUUUUUGAAGCCUACAGUGCACUUUGCUGUUGUUUCAUUUCAGAGGACUUGAUGGUGAAUCACUUUUUGCCUGGCCUCAGAUGUUUACGAACUGACAUGGAACACCUCUCUCCAGAGCAUGAGGUUAUUUUAAGUUCCAUGAUAAAAGAAUGUGAACAAAAAGUAGAAAACAAGACUGUUCAGGAGCCUCAAGGCUCCAUGUCAAUCGCUGCAAGCUUAGUGAGUGAAGAUACAAAGACCAAGUUCUUGAACAAAAUGGGCCAGUUGACAACAUCAGGCGCCAUGUUGGCCAAUGUGUUCCAGAGAAAGAAGUAGUCCCAGGAGGGGCACCCGGGAAACACUAAGACGGACCUCAGGCGGACGGGUUCCUUGUACUUGAAGUGCUAACCUUGUUUCCUCCGUUUCCUGUUCUCUGUUCUCACUUUAUCCCACCUCCAAAGAGAUUUGCACUGCUUUUGAUUAUUGCCGUAUGUCUGUCUGUUGAUUUCAGAAGUACAACUGUGGUAAUAGAAACUUGAUUUAAUGAUCUGUACCAAGUCUAUUCUUUGUUCCUAUCUUUGAGAAUACUUUUAUAUAUAUAUAUGUAUAUAUAUAUAUGUAUAGUGAAGAGGUUUUUUGUUUAUUUUUUUUUAUUUUUGGAUGGGAUAUUAGAGAUCUGUAUUAUACUGUAAGCUAUUACAAUGGUACUUAAAAUAAUGUAAAUUUGAAGUCAUGUUAUAAAAUAAUAAAGGUGGAGAUGACUUAAGUAUUUAAAUUAUGAAAGAAUAAUGCAGACUUUUUAUUGUUUCUUAACUGACUUGGAAAGAGCCACCAGCAUUACUCUGUGCCUUUUGGACUCGGCCUUGUGCGCUCUGUAGGAACUGCGUGUGGCCCAUUCACACCGAGCUGUGAGCUGCUGUGGUGAAGUUGAGUUGCAGAUCCUACAGUAAACAGAUAAUGAUGAAACGUUCAACAUUCAGAGCUCUCAUGAAUACUCUUUUAAGUGCUAUUCAACCCUCCCCAACACUUAGGUGCACAUAACGGACUUACCCAGACAGGUGGCGCCUACACAUGGGGAGUAGGAGCCAAGGUGAACUUACAGUGUCUGUAGUAGGUUUAAAUGCUCAAAACUAAAUGUAACUCAGAAGAGCUAGUAAUUGUUUUUCCAAAUUGAAAUGCAAAUGACAAUAUGGUUUGAAUCUAAAUUUUAACACCUGCUUCUGUAAAACAUGUGUUCUGGUUAUUUAAUUUUACAGGUUACCUUUUUAUUCUGUUACAGAGAAGUACACAAAAGUUAAGGACAUUUGGGGACUGUUAUUUUUCCCUCUAAACUGAAAGUGACAUUGGCUAAAUUAUUACUGAAUACUGGUUACCACCUGGUCCCUUAAAGUCAGUGACAUUCUUGUGUUUGGUAUAUUUUAUAUAGUUGUGUGUUAAUGUACAGUCCCGCUGGGAGUUGACAGUUGUCUACACAGUAAUGCAAUGAAAUAUAAAAGAGUUGGGUAUAGGAAAAAGGUGACUGGUUUGAGGGGUUAAUGUGAGGCCUUUUUGAAAAAUGAAUAUUUUGAUAAAAAGAACUCUUGUUUUGAGCACAGUUGAUGCAUAUAGGUGAUUCUCGUGUUUAUUGUAUAAACUGGCUGAAAACAUUUGGCUUACAUUCACUUCCCGGGAAAGCUAGCUUUACCACACACUGAAGCUCACAAAGUAACUUACCCCGGGCAAAACCGUUAAGGUCAUUCUGAAAUGAUCUCUUCCACUGUAGUGAGAUUUUCUUGACUAGUCUUUCUGAACGGCUGGGCUGUAGGCAUUCCUGAAAAAUUGAAAGUGGCUACCUUUCAUGUCAAAAAUGUUGAGCUAUUAUAAAUAAAAAUGUUUUGCAUA